CUCAGUGAUGGCUGCUGGAAGAUUCAGUCGAAUCAUAAAAGAUCUGAUCAAUCCAAAACCUCCCAAGCCACCUUACAGUCAUGUUGUGCAGAUUGGUGACCCAGCUCUGAGGGCAAAGGCCUUGACUGUUGAGCCAAAAGAACUUGGUUCUGAACAUAUCCAGCAGGUGAUAAAGACAUUGGUGAAGACAAUGCGAAGGUAUAAGUGCUCUGGCCUGGCUGCACCCCAGAUUGGAGUACCAGUGAGGAUAAUCGCCGUGGAGAUCACCAAGAACCACGUGCGCGCCCACGCGCCCGCGGUGGUGAAGGCGCGCGAGAUGCGGGUGACGCCUCUGCGGGUGUUCGUGAACCCCGAGCUCACGGUGGAGGACUUCACCACCAUCCAGUCCCCGGAGGGCUGUGCCAGCCUGCGCGCGCUCACGGGCAUCGUGGAGCGCUACCGCAGCGUCACCGUCUCAGGUGUAUCGCCGGACGGCGAGAGAACCGAGUGGCGGGCGGAUGGCUGGGCCGCGCGCGCUGUCCAGCACGAGAUGGACCACCUGGCGGGGCUCAUGUACGUGGACCGCUGCGACCCGCGCACCCUGGAGCACCAGCACUGGGCGCUCAUCAACGCCCGCGCCGGCCGGUUCCUGCAGCACUUCGACGGGUUUAGGAACAGACAAUGGGGCCUGUUCCUGUGAAUGUCCGCUUACGAAUGACGCUCGGGGCAGCCGGCGCGGACAAGAUGACCGAGGAAGGUCACGUCGGCUGUGGACAGUGAUGAGACAAGGCUGAGCGCGUGCUGUGUCAGGCCGUUGUCAAGCUGUUAUCGUGCGGUGUGGACGUAAUGAUUCGCGUGGUAUGGGUGUGCAUUGUUGCGCAAUAAAGGGACGAGCGAAUGGUUA